GAACGCGGAGAUUGAGGACGGUCGUGCUCGUCCCGUCGCCAUCUUUGCUACGGGUAGUGCCUUGAGCGAGCUCGUCCCUGCUGCCAUCUUAACCUGGCCGGAGGGAGAGCCGCCCUGUGCACAGCGGUUGACUGUCAAGACGAGAUUUGGAUAUCAUGUGUUGGACUGCAAAAUCUUUGGUCCGAGGGCUGAGCUUCAGUGUUAAAUACUAUCCUAGGAAUAACCAUCUUCAAGCACUAUGUCUCUGUAGUAAAACAAAACCAUACAAAUGCCACAUCCUGGACUGGUCAAGAAGUCCAUACAACAGCACUGUGCCACCUAGAAGAAUCCUGGCAUGGAGGUUAUUUUCCUGCAAGGAAGGGACAAAAAUCACAUCCAUAACAACAUCAGAGGUUUCAUGCAAAGAUCUUCUGAAAUCAGAGCAGGAAAACUGGAAUAAAAUUUCAAGAAGUUAUAAAACUGUGACAAAAAGAAUAAAGGAAAAAAUAGAAGAAUUGCACAACAAGUAUACGCUUCAUUUGGAAAGCCCAAGGAUAAGAUUUGGAGGGAACAUUUACUUUGAGGAGAAUGGUUACAUAUUUUGUUCAAAAGCAGAUGAUGAUAAAGGAAAUGUUCACAUUUUAUUCAGCACUGAAGAUAUGGGCUUUUCUGGUGCCUAUAUUAAACGGAUCAGAAUUUCACCAGAUGAGAGGUACCUGGCUAUCGGCUUAAAAAGUGAGAAUUCUGAAGAGGCAUCCUGUGUUAUUAUGAAACUCGGUGAUGUUCCCAUUGUGGAAGAAGUAAUUCCAAAUGUGUUUAGUUUUGAAUGGGCUACAAAUGAUGUUCUGUAUUACACAAGUCAGAAGAAUCUUAAAUGCCAGAAUGUGUUCAUGACCACUUUCACUACUGAGAAAUAUACUAAGUUAGUUUAUACAGAACAAGAUGCAAGAUUUUUUGUGGACAUAUACUGCACAAAAGAUAGACGCUUCCUCACUAUCAAUAGCAACAGCAAGACAACCUCAGAAGUUUGGCUGAUUGACUGCAGACAUCCUUUUAAGUUACCUGUUCUUGUACAAGCCCGAACAAAAGGGGUCAUUUAUCAUGUUGAACACAGAAACAAUGAGUUAUAUAUUCUUACUUCAUAUGGAGAACCUGCAGAAUAUAAGUUGAUGAAGACUUCAGUAGCUUCCACUGGCAUGGCGAACUGGAAGUUAGUUUAUGCACUGGAAGAGAAAACCAAGCUAAUAGACUUGGAGAUGUUCCGUGAUCACUGUAUCAUGUUCCUGCAGAAAACUGGUUAUCUAUACUUAAAUGUGAUUGCUUUUGUUUCACAUUCAGUUCAAUCAAUACAGCUACCUACAUGGGCCUGUGCAUUUGAGUUGGAAUCUCAUCCUGAACAUGCCAGCAGCACUUGUUAUUUUCAGCUCAGCUCCCCAGUACACCCCCCCAGGCGUUUUGCAUAUUCAUUUAAAGAAAAUAAUCUCAUUGAACAAGCUGCAGAAGAGGUACCAAUUAUUAUGAAUUGUCACACUACACGUUUACUAGCUAAAAGCAAGGAUGAAACUUUGGUGCCAAUUACAGUUUUUCAUAAUAUGAAUUCUAAGGAGCUACGCAGGAAACCACUUCUAGUUCAUGUAUAUGGAGCUUAUGGCAUAGAUUUGAACAUGAGCUUUAAAGAAGAGAAGCUGAUGUUAAUUGAAGAGGGCUGGAUAUUAGCAUAUUGCCACGUUAGGGGUGGAGGAGAGCUGGGCCUUAGGUGGCACAAAGAUGGAUGUCAGCAUAACAAACUCAAAGGCCUCUAUGACCUUAAGGCUUGCAUCAUGCUGCUGCAUGAACUAGGAUUUUCUCAGCCAAAAUACACAGCACUAACAGCUGCCAGUGCUGGAGGAGUUCUUGCGGGAGCCAUUUGCAACAGCGAUCCAGAACUUAUCAGAGCCAUGGUUUUACAGGCACCUUUUGUAGAUGUUCUGAAUACAAUGAUGAAAACUCAUCUCCCACUGUCAAUUGAAGAGCAGGAAGAAUGGGGAAACCCAUUAGCGGAUGAAAAAUGUAUGAAGUACAUCAAAAACUACUGUCCUUAUCACAAUAUUAAGCCACAGUGCUAUCCUUCAGUUUUUAUCACAGCGUAUCUAAAUGAUCAACGAGUACCGCUGACAGGAAUUCUUCGAUACGUUCAGAAACUUAGGAAGGCUACCCUAGAUCAUGCCAGCAGAACAAGAAAGAAAGGAAACUGGAUCCCUAAUAUCAUCUUAGACAUCCAGGCAGGUGGCAGCCAUUGUGACUCAUCCUGGGAGGAUUCGCUGAAUGAGGUUGCAAGACACGUUGCUUUUCUGAAAAAAGAACUUCAAGUGUGACCUCUCCAGCAUUAAAUCAAGUCCUGUAAAUAGCUGAUAAACACAUCAACCACCUGAAGAAGUUCAAGUCCGAUCUUCAUUUAUAUGAAAAACUGAGUGUCUUCUCCAGACGUAUCACUGCAUGAUGGGCACAAACAGACCAGAUACUCAGGGACAAAAGUGGGUUUGGCAUCAGCUUAUAAAGAUGCCAACUAACUAAAUACCUUCCCUACCAAAUGGUACAGAAAGAGCUGCCUUCGUAUACAGUUCUGUUCAUAAGCAAGCAGUGCAGCACUGUACAAGUGGAGCUGUAGUGCAAGACAGUUUGUGCUGAAAGUCUAAUGUAUGAAAUCAUGUACGUGUUACGAGCUGCCUUCCCUGUCUUAAGACCUCUCAUCCAAGAGUAAAUUUUACACAAGGCAGUAAAUCCUCCUGACAAAGUUGUAUUUAAUUAAAAAAAAAUCUCACUAAAAUAUUCCAGUACUGAUUUCCUUGUGUAGGAAAAUACUGUUGCCCUUCCUAACUAUGCACACACUACACACUGUAUUAAUCAUAUGGUGGGGCCAAACAGACUG